AUGAAGAAAGAGGUAACUGUCCCAGAUGUGAACGAGUGUGCAGACACCACUGCGUGCCCGGCAUAUGCAAAGUGCACCGACACCAAGGACAGUUACUAUUGCACUUGCAAACGAGGCUUCCUGGCCAGCAAUGGCCAAAGUCAAUUCAGGGGCCCAGGAUUGAAAUGCAUAGAUAUUGAUGAAUGUUCUCAAAACCCCCUACAAUGUGGCCCUAACUCAAUCUGCAAAAACCUUCUGGGGAGAUACAAAUGCAGCUGCACUCCUGGUUUCUCUUCUCCCACUGGAAAUAACUGGAUCCUGGGACAAGCAGGCAAUUUCACCUGCACAGAUAUCAAUGAAUGUAACACCAACAGGACCUGCCCUGAGCAUUCCAAUUGUGUCAACUCCGUGGGAAGCUACAGUUGCGAGUGCCAAGAUGGAUUCACCUCUAUCAACUCCACCUGUGAAGAUGUGGAUGAAUGUGCCAAUCCCAAUGUUUGCCCAGAACAUACGAUUUGCAUCAACACUCUUGGAAACCAUUUUUGUAACUGCAGCACAGGGUUUGAAUCCAGCAGCGGAGAGCAGUGUGAAGAUGUGGAUGAAUGUUCCAGGAACUCAACUCUUUGUGGUCCCGAUUCUGUCUGCCUCAACAUCCCAGGAGCGUACCGUUGCUCCUGUCUUCCUGGAUUCUUUAUGCCUGAUUUUUCAACCCCUGAGCAUCCAGAUACUUUCAAAUGUACAGAUAUUGAUGAGUGCACAGAUAUUGAAAUGUGUCCUAUCAACGCAGCAUGCACCAACACUCCUGGGAGCUACUUUUGCACCUGCCAUCCUGGCUUUGUGGCAAGUAAGGGACAGCUGAAUUUCACAGACAAAGGCGUGAAAUGUAGAGAUAUUGAUGAAUGCCUCAAAGAUCCAUCACCAUGUGGUUCAAAUUCUAUCUGCACCAAUGCUCCGGGCUCCUACAGCUGUAGCUGCACUGUGGGCUUUCGUCCCAAUCCAGAAGGCUCUGUGAAACAUGGCAACUUCAGCUGCAAAAGGGUUCCCUUCAAGUGCAAGGAAGAUGUCAUACCCAACAAUUUGCAGGUCCAGCAAUGCCAGAAGGGAGCAGCAGUGGAGCUUAAAAAUGUGCCCUUCUGCGGACUAAUUAAUGCCACCUUUGGUGUUCUUGAUGAUACCUGUGAAAACAAAACCACCGUAGUUUCCCUGGAGAGUACAGCUAAGACCUUUGUCUCUGUGCUUCAACAAGCACCCGCCUGGUCCACAUUCACCAAGGAGGAGACGUCUACCCUGGCCACCGUCGUACUGGAGAGUGUGGAAAGCAUCACGCUGGCAGCUUUUCUGAAACCUUCAGAAAAUGCCAGUCAGACUAUUCAGACGGAAUACUUUGAUAUUGAGAGGAAAGUUAUCAAUGAAGAAUGCAUUGAAGAGAAUGUGACCUUUAACUUGAAAGCCAAAGGGGAUGGGAUGAAGGUUAAGUGUUCCACAAUUAAAGAGUCUGAAUCCACAGGGAUGACUGGAGUGGCUUUCGUCUCCUUUGAGGGCAUGGCGUCUGCUUUAGAUGAACGCUUCUUCCAAGACCCCCAGGCUCCCUUGGAAAACUUCCGGAGGAAGCUGAGGAUGAAUUCUCGUGUUGUUGGGGGCAUUAUGACGGGGGAUAAGAAAGAUAACUUCUCACAUGGAGUCAUCUACAUUCUGCAACACACCCAGCCAAAGCAGAAGUUUGAGAAGGCCAUAUGUGUUUCCUGGAGCAGCGGGAGAUGGACACACUCUGGCUGUGUGAUCCAGAAAAGUUCCAGGCAUCAGACCGAAUGCAUCUGUAAACAUUUGGCGAAUCUGGCCAUUAUCAUGGCUUCUGGGGAGCUCACGAUGGAGCUCCCCUUGUACAUCAUUAGCCACGUGGGCAUGAUCAUCUCCCUGGUGUGUCUCGUCUUGGCCAUCGCCACCUUCCUGCUGUGUCAUUCCAUUCGCAACAACAACACCUAUAUCCACCUGCACCUCUGUGUGUGUCUCUUCUUGGCCAAGAUUCUCUUCCUCGUCGGUAUAGACAAGACAGGCAACCAGAUGGGCUGUGCCAUCAUCGCGGGCGUUCUGCACUACCUUUUCCUCGCCUGCUUCUUCUGGAUGCUGGUAGAGGCUGUGAUGCUCUUCUUGAUGGUCAGGAACCUGAAGGUGGUGAAUUACUUCGGCACUCGCAACAUCAAGAUGCCGUACCUCUGUGCCUUUGGCUAUGGGCUCCCAGGGCUGGUGGUGGUGAUCUCUGCCAGCAUGCAGCCACAGGGCUACGGGAUGCAUGAUCGCUGCUGGCUGAAUACAGAGACGGGGUUCAUCUGGAGUUUCUUGGGGCCAGUGUGUGCAAUCAUAAUGAUCAACUCGAUCCUCCUAAGUUGGACAUUGUGGAUCCUGAGGCAGAGGCUUUGCAGCGUCAAUGAGGAAGUCUCGAAGCUCAAAAACACCAGGUUAUUGACCUUCAAGGCCUUUGCUCAGAUCUUCAUCUUAGGCUGCACCUGGGUGUUGGGCAUUUUUCAGAUUGGAUCCAUGGCAGGUGUAAUAGCCUAUCUGUUCACCAUCAUCAACAGCCUGCAGGGGGCCUUCAUCUUCCUCAUUCACUGUCUGCUCAACCGCCAGGUACGAGAAGAAUACAGGAGGUGGAUCACCAGGAAGACCAAGCCCAGUUCCAAGUCCCAGACUUCAGAGAUUUUACUAUCACCUAUGCCUUCCACUUCCAAAACAAGGGGUCCUCCGUGCCUCUGUUGCUCAGUGCGGAGCCUAGGAGUUAUCCAUGGCUCUGAUCUCCUCCUCAACCUCCAUCUGUAG